UUCAAAAGGAGAUUCCUCUGAUAGUAAUUCAAGGAAACACGGACGCGAGGAUGAUGAUGAUGAUCUGAGUAUGUUGUCAUCAAAUGAUGCGGAUUCUGUAGUUUUGAAUAAUAUUUCUUUGGAGUCAUCCGAUGAUAUUUUGAGAAAACACGGAUGCGAUGAGACUAUGUUGUUGAAUGAGAUUGAUACCGUUUCAUCUCUAUUCAAGAGUUUCAAACGACAAAGGUGUUACUAG